UUUCUUACUACAGCAUCAGCUUAUUCCUCAACCCUCAUACCGGUUUAAUGGUUUUUGUUAUUUUAGUUUCAACACUCCUCACAUUUUCUUGUCAAUGUUAAAAGACAAAGAGUUUGAUAACAAAAGGAUACCGAACUUCUAAUGCUCCAUUUAUUAUUAUUAUUAUUAUUUUGUUUUGAAUCAUUGACUUGAGCUGGGGGGAACGUGAAAGUUUGGAAAUUGUAUUGGUCGGAGUUAGGGUUUGGUGGUAAUGGAGACCGGAGAUAUUCUUAAAGCGAGUAACAGUUUACGGGGAAGUUUACGAGCAGGAAGUUUGAGAUCAGGAAGCUCUUCCGUAUGGAGAAACAGUGCGGUGGACGUGUUUUCAAGGUCUUCUCGAGAAGAGGAUGAUGAAGAAGCUUUGAAGUGGGCUGCUAUUGAGAGACUACCAACUGUUGCUCGUCUCAGGAAAGGUAUAUUGACUAGCUCUCAAGGUGGUGCCAAUGAAAUUGAUAUUGCUAACCUUGGAUGGCAAGAAAGGAGGACUAUACUUGAGAGGUUGGUUAAAGUUGCUGACGAAGAUAAUGAAAGGUUCUUGUGGAAGUUCAAGAACCGUAUAGAUAGGGUUGGCAUCGAGCUUCCCACAAUCGAAGUCAGAUUUGAAAAUAUAAAUAUUGAAGCUGAAGCUUUUGUAGGAACCAAUGCUUUGCCUUCAUUCCUUAAUUUCAUUACUAGCAUAUUUGAGGGCUUGUUGAUAAAUAUGGGUAUUCUUUCUAGUAGAAUGAAAAAGCUGACCAUCCUCAAAGAUGUCAGUGGUAUGAUUAAACCUGGCAGGAUGACAUUGCUUUUGGGUCCUCCAAGUUCCGGAAAAACCACUCUCUUGUUGGCUCUGGCUGGGAAGCUUGAUCCUGCUCUCCAAUUUUCGGGGUCUGUGACAUACAAUGGGCAUACCAUGAAGGAGUUCGUGCCUCAGAGAACUGCUGCCUAUAUCAGUCAAUUUGAUCUUCACCUAGGAGAAAUGACCGUGAGAGAAACUUUGGCCUUUUCUGCAAGAUGCCAAGGGGUUGGAACCCGAUAUGAUAUGUUGUCAGAGUUGUCAAGAAGAGAGAAACAAGCAAACAUUAAACCUGAUCCUGAUAUUGAUGUCUUCAUGAAGGCAAUAGCAACAGAAGGGGAGGAAGCAAAUGUAAUCACUGAUUAUAUUAUGAAGAUUUUAGGACUGGAUAUAUGUGCAGACAUUUUGGUAGGAAAUGAAAUGUUGAGGGGUAUAUCUGGAGGACAAAGGAAGCGUGUCACAACAGGUGAAAUGCUGGUAGGACCAGCCAGGGCACUGUUUAUGGAUGAGAUAUCUACUGGUCUGGACAGCUCUACAACAUUCCAAAUUGUGAACUCCCUUAGGCAAACUGUUCAUAUUCUUAAUGGAACUGCACUCAUCUCCCUUCUACAGCCAGCUCCAGAGACUUACGAUCUUUUUGAUGACAUUAUUCUCCUUUCUGAUAGCGUGAUAGUAUAUCAGGGUCCUCGUGAACACGUGGUGAGCUUUUUCGAAUCUAUGGGCUUUAAGUGCCCUGAGAGAAAAGGUGUGGCUGAUUUCUUGCAAGAGGUUACUUCAAGGAAAGAUCAAAUGCAGUAUUGGGCACGUAAAGAUCAACCUUACAGGUUUAUCACGGCUAAUGAAUUUGCUGAGGCAUUCCAAUCAUUCCAUGUGGGAAUGAAACUUGGGGAGGAACUUGGAACUCCAUUUGAUAAAAAAAAGAGCCACCCAGCUGCUUUGACAACCAAAAAAUAUGGUGUUGGGAAAUGGGAGUUGCUAAAAGCUUGCAUUGCAAGGGAAUUUCUGUUAAUGAGGAGAAACUCUUUCGUGUACAUCUUCAAGUGUAUACAACUCACAAUAGUGUCCUGUAUUACCAUGACACUCUUUUUGAGGACUGAGAUGGAUCGAGAUUCAGUUCAAGGAGGAAGGAUCUAUAUGGGGGCCUUGUUUUUUGGUAUGAUUUUUAUCAUGUUCAAUGGAAUGCCUGAGCUUUCUAUGACCAUUACUAAGCUCCCUGUCUUUUACAAGCAAAGAGACCUCCUAUUCUUUCCUCCGUGGGCCUAUGCUUUACCGUCAUGGAUUCUGAAGAUACCUAUGACAUUUAUAGAAGUUUCUGUGUGGGUAUUCAUUACUUACUACGUUAUCGGAUAUGAUCCGAAUGUUGAAAGGUUCUUUAGACAGUACCUCCUCCUUGUUCUCAUUAACCAGAUGGCUUCCUCAUUAUUUCGGUUCAUUGCAUCAGCCGCUAGAAACAUGAUUGUUGCCAACACUUUUGGGACAUUUGCUUUACUUGUACUUUUUGCAUUAAGUGGCUUUGUCCUGGCACGAGACAAAAUAAGGGGUUGGUGGAUAUGGGGUUACUGGAUUUCGCCUUUGAUGUAUGGGCAAAAUGCGCUGAUGGUUAAUGAGUUCCUCGGGCACCAGUGGAGUCGAGUUCCUCCGGGCUCAAAUGAAUCGAUAGGACUUCAAGUUUUAAAGUCUAGAAGUUUCUUCCAUGAAUCAUAUUGGUAUUGGCUCGGAGUAGGGGCGUUGGUUAUAUUUGUAGUAUUGCUCAACGUUUUCUUUACUCUGGCUCUUACCUUUCUAAAGCCCUUUGAGAAGAAUCGAGCUGUAAUAUCUGAAAAACCCCAAAGCAAUGAUCAAGCCAAUGGUGUUGGUGGAAGCAUUCAGUUAACAGACCAUGAAAAUAGCUCAAGUCAUGUAAAUAGAUCAGAGAUCCAAGAUGACAUUCAAAGAAGCGCCUCCUCAUCCAAGUCCUUUUCUUUGUCUGACGCAACUCUUAGGACCAAUGGCAAAAAGAAAAGGGGAAUGGUUCUUCCAUUUGAGCCGCACUCUCUCACUUUUGAAGACAUUUACUAUUCUGUUGAUAUGCCACAGGAAAUGAAAGAACAAGGUAUCACUGAAGAUGAUAGAUUGGUGCUAUUGAAGGGUAUUAGUGGUGCAUUCAGACCUGGUGUUCUCACAGCUCUAAUGGGUGUUAGUGGUGCUGGUAAAACCACUCUAAUGGAUGUGCUUGCUGGAAGAAAAACUGGUGGUUAUAUCGAGGGGAACAUUACAGUUUCAGGUUUCCCCAAGAAGCAAGAAACUUUUGCUCGAGUAUCUGGAUAUUGUGAACAAAAUGACAUUCAUUCUCCUCAUGUCACUGUGUAUGAAUCUUUGCUUUAUUCCGCUUGGCUACGAUUAUCCAAUGACAUUGAUGCUGAAACCAGAAAGAUGUUCAUAGAAGAAGUCAUGGAGCUUGUGGAACUGGAUUCGUUAAGGCAUGCCCUAGUUGGUUUACCCGGUGUAAACGGUUUAUCAACAGAGCAGCGAAAGAGGCUUACGAUUGCAGUUGAGCUUGUGGCAAACCCUUCUAUCAUUUUCAUGGAUGAGCCAACUUCAGGGCUUGAUGCAAGGGCUGCUGCAAUUGUUAUGAGAACAGUUAGGAAUACAGUGGACACUGGAAGAACAGUUGUGUGUACCAUCCAUCAACCAAGUAUUGACAUAUUUGAAGCGUUUGACGAGCUAUUCCUUAUGAAACGUGGAGGACAGGAGAUCUAUGUGGGGCCAUUAGGACACCAUUCUAAAUAUCUUAUCAGAUACUUUGAGGGAAUUCAAGGUGUCAGCAAAAUCAAAGAUGGAUACAAUCCCGCAACUUGGAUGUUGGAAGUUACCGCAUCAGCGCAAGAGUUAUCUUUAGGUGUUGAUUUUGCUGAUAUCUAUAAAAACUCAGACCUAUACAGGAGAAACAAAGCUCUUAUUGAAGAUUUAAGCAAACCUGCUCCCGGUGCAAAGGAACUUUAUUUCCCAACACAGUAUUCUCAAUCAUUCUUGACGCAGUGCACAGCUUGUUUAUGGAAGCAACACUGGUCAUAUUGGCGCAACCCACCGUAUACUGCCGUAAGAUUUCUCUUUACAACCGUCAUAGCAUUGAUGUUUGGGACGCUGUUCUGGGACCUUGGGUCAAAAACGGAAAAAGUACAAGAUCUGUCCAAUGCAAUGGGUUCAAUGUAUGCGGCUGUUCUUUUCAUCGGUAUCCAGAACUCUUCAUCUGUGCAGCCUGUUGUGUCAGUCGAAAGAACAGUCUUUUAUAGAGAAAGAGCUGCUGGAAUGUAUUCUGCCAUGCCAUAUGCCAUUGCACAGGUCUUAGUAGAGAUACCUUAUAUUUUUGUUCAAGCUUCUGUGUAUGGCAUUAUAGUGUAUUCUAUGAUUGGAUUCGAAUGGACCGCUGCUAAGUUCUUUUGGUAUCUCUUCUUCAUGCUCUUCACCUUACUUUACUUCACCUACUAUGGCAUGAUGGCUGUUGCUGUCACACCAAAUCACCACAUUGCAGCCAUAGUAUCCUCAGCAUUCUAUGGACUAUGGAAUGUCUUCUCGGGUUUCAUCAUCCCACGACCUAGUAUACCAGUAUGGUGGAGAUGGUACUAUUGGAUUUGUCCAGUAUCUUGGACCUUGUAUGGAUUGUUUGUUUCACAAUUUGGAGAUAUAAACGAACUGCUUGAAGAUGGCAACAAUGAGACGGUGAAGCAGUACUUGAGAAAUAAUUAUGGUUUCAGGCAUGAUUACCUGGGAUUAGUUGCUGCUGUGAUUAUGAGUUUCGCAGUUCUCUUUGGAACAAUCUUUGCUGUGGCCAUAAAGAUGUUCAAUUUCCAGAGACGAUAGGUUUUUUUUUUUAAAUGUAGUGGUAAGAAUUUUUUUUUUAUUUUUAUAAUUGAGGGAGGGAUGGAACCCAAACUCUUAUACCUAGAAUAUGAAACAUUUACUAUUGGAUCAAGAGGUUAUUUGAAUUAUUAUUUGGAAACAAGUUUUAAAACUCCAUGUUUUAUUCUUGUAAAAUCAAUGCUUAUUACCAGGUGCAAAAUGCAAAUUCUGUCAUUGUAAUAAAAGGUUUUUUCUUGUAUGUAA